ACAUCUUUGAAAUUUAAGGCCAUCUCGGCCUGAAGGUCAUGCUACCCUUCAUCUUGCUGUUUCGUUCUAGACAACAACCAGUUUGUUGCCUUGUCAAUUUGACCACUUCAACCUUUCUGCAAGAUUGGAUUCGGAAGCAAACUCCGAGAAAACCUAAUCGUUUCAAGCUACACAAAGCUUAUACUGUCCUUGAUAAUGAAUUUUUGGAUUUAAAUCAACCGAAGCCUUUUUCCUUUCCACAGAAUAAUACGUUACUGCAUCAGAGUAUCUAUGAUUCAGUUAAUUCUUCCAUAUCCGAAAACCGUUCCCAGUACUUUGCUGUCGUGGCUAUUGCAGGGAAACAGUUCAAAGUAACUAAUAACGAUUUAAUUAUGAUCAAAACACCGUUCUAUGGAACUGACGUUGGUGAUCGUGUUCAAUUACAGAAGGUCCUACUUUUAGGAUCAUCAGACUUUACUAUUAUCGGUCGACCAAUUUUACCAGUGCAUCAGGUGUAUAUUGAGGCUGUAGUGGUUGAAAAAACUCUUGAACACCCUAAAGUUUGGUACCAGUUCCAUCGUCGUCGUAGACACCACAAACUGCGAGUAUUCCAGGGGAAUGUUACUGUCCUUCAGGUUAUUGAUGUUCGUCCCAAUACAUUAGCAACUUAUUAAAUUAAUCCUUGAAUAAACGCUUACUCGUUAAAAAAACAUUUAUGCUUUUACAUACUUUUAAAAAUCUGUUUUCUGCGAUUUUUGUUCAUUUAAAGUAUUUGAUAGUGUAAACUACUGCCGUACUCAAAAAAGUAUAUAUUCUCCGAAUCAUGUC